GGUCAAGAUUGGAUUUGAAGGUAUUCCUCGUGCUUUGUUAUUCAAUUCUUUUGCUUUGUUGUAUUUAUUAUAAUUCUUUUUACGUUCUUAUCAUACUAUUAUUAUUAUUUUAUUUUAUUUAAUUUUUUUUUCAUUCUGUUUUGGGGACAGCAUUCAUUGAAUCAUGAGUAAAACACAAGAUCCAUCCUCUUUGAUAUUCCUUCAGCGACAAUAUCUUUUGGAUAAGAUCAAGUCAAUCCAGCUAGGUGGAGGAUUGUAUACGUUGGUUACUGAUGAGAAGACUGAGUCGGUAUUGAACCAAGUAGUCUCCAAGGAUGCUUUGUUAAGAAUAGUUACGUCUAUUGAAAGAAUUGAUUCGAAACGUAAGAUUCAAUCAUAUGUGGAAGGGAUCUAUUUUGUUGACUUAAACCCUUUUACCAUCAAUUGUAUGAUUGCCGACGUUCAAACCCACCGGUACAAAAAGGGACAUGGGUUGUUCUUACCAUUAGUGCAAAAGGAUGUUGAAAGCUAUUCGUUUUUCCAUUCUACCAAGUUUAUGAAUAACCCCAAAGUUCUCCAUUACUUUGAUAAUGGGAACAAUGUCUACUUCACUCCAACUGUGUUUCAUCCAGUGGAACAACGAGUAUUUUUGGCUGAUUCAAAUACUCCGAACUCAAUGGCAAUAUAUUAUAAUGAAAAUUGUGCAGAUUUAGUAUUGGCCCAGGUUAGAAAAGCUGCAAAAGCAAUUAUGAAUUUGAUUGUUAUAACCGGGGAGUUCCCAUUGAUUCGUUUUUAUAAUCCAAAAGAUUCUAGUCAUUUUGCUUCAAGAUUACCAGAAUUAAUUGCUGAUGAAGUUCAAAAUCAAAUUGAUAAUUAUGCUCGUGAGAAUAGUGAUUAUCCUCCUCAGUCUAUUGAGGGGAAACCAAGAUCGAUUCUAUUGAUUACCGACCGUACUCUUGAUUUAUAUGCUCCUUUAUUACACGAAUUUAGUUAUCAAGCUAUGGCUAUGGAUAUAGUGGAAAGUUUAGAACGUUUUGGUAAAUACAAAUAUCAAACUGAAAAUGAGCGUGGGGAAUCUCAAAAAGUUGAAGUCACUUUGGAAAAUGAAGACGAUGAAAAUUGGGUCAGUCUAAGACAUCUUCAUAUCAUCGAAAGUUCUGAAUUAAUCAUUAAUAAAAUUAAUGAAUUAAUUAAAAACAACCCUUUAAUGGUUGAUAGAUCAAAAGCAACAACCUCAAGCGAUUUGAUGUGGGUUGUGGCUAAUUUAAAAGGUUUCGAUGAAGAAAGAAGACAAAUUACUUUACACAAAACUUUAGUUGAUGAAUGUCUUGAUAUAAAUGCUAAUAGAAAAUUAGCAGAAUUUGCAGCUGAUUUCGAACAAACUUGUGCUGCAGGUGGUACAAGUUUCGAAGGGGUAAGAAAUAAAAACUUACAUGAUGAUUUAAUUGUUUUAUGUUCAAGAGAUGAUUUGCAUAUUAAUGAUAAAAUUAGAUUGGUUUUAAUUUACGCUUUAUAUCGUGGUGGGUUGGUUGAAUCUGAUUUUGUUAAAUUAGCUAGUUUUAUUGGUGUACAUCAAAAACAAACCACUUCUUUAAUUACAAGAUGUUUCUUUAAUUUACAUAAGUUAGGUUUCCCAAUCGUGAAAAAAUCAGUUAAUGAUAAAAAAAUCGUUAAACAUCUGUUCCAUACAAUUAAUAAUGAAGGUACUUAUAACACUUCAAGAUUUGGACCUGGGGUUAAAGAUGUUUUACAAAAUGCCAUGAAGUAUCAAUUAGAUGAAUCUUGGUUCCCCUAUUUCAGGGACAAGCCUUUAGAAGAUGAUAUUCCUGCAGCUCAAAGAUCUUCGAAUUCUACCAAUUCAAAUGGUCCAGUUAGUGGAUCUUUAAGAAACCCAAGAGUCAAAGCUUCUUGGGCUCAGUCUUCGUAUAAAGUUAAUCUGGGCUUAACCAAACCAAAACAAAGAAUCUUCUGUUAUGUUGCCGGUGGUAUAACCUAUUCAGAAACUAGGUCAAUUUAUGAAUUGGCUCAAGCAACAAAUAAAGAUAUUUAUAUUGGUUCAGAAGCUCUUUUAAAACCAAGAGACUUCUUAAUUGGUUUACAAAGUAUUGAUAAAGUUAAACAUAUGGAAGAAUUGGAUUUACAAUUGUUUAAAGACCUUAAUAAGCCAAAAGAAGCUCCUCUUCAUUUAUUUGAAACGGGCCAACCAAAAUUCCCACCGCCAGUUACCCCUCAACCUACAAACAGUAACGGUAAUGCCGUUCCACUGCAUUACCAAAAAAGAAACUCUCACGUUGGAAACCUGCCUUCUUCUGGUUCAACCGAUGCUAGUUCUUCAAAAGAUAAGAAAAGAUCAAAACUUAAAAAACUUUUCAAGUAAUUUCUAUGAUUUAAUUGUAAUUAUUUUCCUUUUUCUUGAUUUUUUCCCUCAACUCCUUUUCAUUUCUACAUAAUCAAAAUCACUUUUAUAAACGUU